AAUACAGGGUGAAUUAAAUCAUCGACAUGGCACCAAAUUAUAGCAAAUAUAUGACAAAAGGCAACGCGGCCGCCGUAGCUGGACUUGCGACUGCGCUGUGGAUCUACGCGCGGAGGAAACAAUCUUCCACACAGAUUUCAAGAUUAAAUGGAUCUGCGAAUGGAAAAAUUGAUGAAGUGCAAUAUUUAAUCGCGGAGAAAAAGCCUACGAAAGCCAAAGCACAAGUUGACAGGAAGUUUUUCCGUCAAUUAUGGUCACUCAUCAGGAUAAUCGUCCCCGGAUGGGCCAGCAAGGAAUCAGGACUGCUUGUCCUUGUCGCUGCAAGUUUAGUUGCAAGAUCCAUGUGUGAUCUUUGGCUUAUAGCCAACUCUACCAAAAUCGAAAGUGCCAUCGUGACAAUGGAUAAACCACUCUUCCAGAAACGUCUGUUGAAGUUCUUCCUGGCAAUGCCGCUGAUUUCCAUCGUCAACAACGUAUUGAAAUAUUCAAUUGGAGAUCUGAAGAUCCGUCUGCGCACGAAUAUGACUCGCCGAUUGUACGAUGAAUACCUAAAAAAGCAUACGUAUUAUCGCAUGUCGAAUUUGGACACACGCAUCACCAAUGCCGAUCAGCUGCUUACCACCGACGUGGAUAAAUUCUGCGAAUGCGUCGCUGAUUUAUACACAAACCUAGCAAAACCUUCCCUGGACAUAGGAAUCUAUGUGUAUAAACUCACUACAACUCUCGGUGGCGGCACACCGAUGAUGAUGUUAGGUUAUCUCAUUGUUUCGGGUGUUCUGUUGACACAUUUGCGCAAACCCGUGAGUCGACUCACUGCGCAGGAGCAGAAACUCGAAGGAGAGUUUCGGCACAUAAACGCGCGACUUAUAACUUAUUCAGAGGAAGUUGCGUUCUACAAUGGUAACCAACGUGAAAAAACUACACUUUUAUCGAGUUAUACUAAACUCCUGAAGCAUUUACGGAAGUUUUUGAAGUUUAGAGUCAUCAUGGGUAUUGUUGAUAACCUAGUAGCGAAAUAUUUCGCUAGUUGUGUUGGUUUCUGGGCUGUAAGCAUACCAUUUUUAUCUACUACGCAUGCUUUACUAUCUAAAGCUGGUUAUGAAGACCGUCAGAUGUUGUAUUACACUUAUGGUCGUAUGUUGGUUAAAUUAGCUGAAGCUAUUGGUAGAGUUGUACUUGCAGGAAGAGAAUUAAGUCGUCUUGCUGGGUUUACAUCAAGAGUAACAGAACUACGCACGGUUUUAGAUGAAAUCAACGCUGGGAAAUAUCAUCGUACAAUGGUAGCAGGGUCAGAAAACCUGCACCCCGGCGCAGGAAGAUUAAUAUUUAAAGAUAAUUUGAUCAAAUUUGAUCGGGUACCUUUGGUUACACCCAACGGUGAUGUCCUGAUCAAAGAAUUAAGCUUUGAAAUACAUUCAGGGAUGAAUGUGUUGGUCUGUGGGCCAAAUGGAGCUGGAAAAUCAUCACUCUUCAGAUGUUUGGGUGAAUUAUGGCCUAUUUUCGGUGGUGCGUUGACUAAACCUCCAACUGGUAAAUUAUUCUACAUCCCACAGAAACCCUACAUGAUGUUAGGCUCGUUGAGAGAUCAAUUGACAUAUCCACACAGUGCAACUGAAGCUGCACGUCGUGGUGCUGUGGAUAAAGAUUUAGCGGAUCAUUUGGAGCGUGUACAACUUAGUUACCUGCUUGAACGUGAAGGUGGCCUGGAUGCAGUUGCAGACUGGUUGGAUGUGCUCUCUGGUGGUGAGAAGCAACGCAUUGCAAUGGCGAGGUUGUUUUAUCAUGCGCCACAGUUCGCCAUUUUGGAUGAGUGCACCAGCGCUGUGUCCGUGGACGUUGAGGGAAGCAUGUAUAGUUAUUGUCGUGAGGUAGGCAUCACACUACUCACGGUGUCACAUCGUAAGUCACUCUGGCGUCAUCAUGAGUAUGUUUUGCAUUUGGAUGGACGUGGUGCGUAUGAUUUUAAGAAGAUUGACGCUGAAACAGUUGAGUUUGGUUCAUAGUUAAUAUUAUUACGAAACAAAUCAUUAAAAUACAGGUUUAGGUACAAGUGAAAUGAAACUAGGUAAUAAAUAAAUAAAUGAUGAAUUCGCACCUCUUCCACAGUGCGAUUCAAGUGAUAAAAGACAUAAUAUAAUGUGUUUUAAGGUUAUUUGUUUGAUUGAUAUAUAUUUUAUGUAAUUUGCAUCGUAUUUCUGUUUAUUGUUGACGAUAAUUGUCAAUUACAGUUGCAAAAAGACCAAUCACAUCACAUUUUCAAAUAAACUGUUGUAUGUUGUUA